CCCAACAGAACAGCAAGUCGAUCCCAGCAGGCAUUUAUUGAGCACCUACUGUAUGCAGCCACCGCUGCAGAGGAGAAUUCAGCUCAGUGCGCGCCCGGCCCAGAGCGCGCUCCCUGCCCCAUGUCUGCUUUCCCGUCCGUCCCAAGUCCCCGCGCUGCCGCGAUGCGUCCCUGCCCGAUGUCCCCGGGCUCCGCGCCCGCCCUGGCCCUGAUUCUCACUUGGGCGCUGCUGGCUGGACCCGCAUCUGCAGCCUCCUUCUUUGGCGAGAGCCACCUUGAGGUGCCCGUGGCCGUGGCCUUGGCCGACUUCGACCUGCAGCUGCAGUUCUCCACAGCCCAGCCCGAGGCCCUGCUCCUCCUGGCAGCCGGGGAGGAUGAUCACCUGCUGCUGCAGCUCCAUGAGGGACGCCUGCAGGUCAAACUCGUCCUGGGCCAGGAGGAGAUAAGGCUGCAGACUCCAGCAGAGGAACUGCUGAGCGACUCUGUCCCCCACACUGUGGUGCUCAGUGUCUCAGAUGGCUGGGCCAUGCUUUCGGUGGAUAGGGUUCUCAACUCCUCCGCCCCGGUCCCAGGAGACCCCCUCAGUGUCCCCUAUGGGCUCUUUGUCGGAGGGUCUGGGAGUCUGAGCCUGCCCUACCUGAGAGGGGCCAGCCGACCCCUACGGGGCUGUCUCCUCACCGCCACCCUCAAUGGCCGUAGCCUCCUCCUCCCGCUGACCCCCGAUGUGCCAGAGGGCUGCGCUGAAGAGUUCUCAGCUGGGGACAACGUGGCCCUGGGCUUCUCUGGGCCCCACUCACUGGCAGCCUUCCCAGCCUGGAGCACUCAGGACAAGGGCACCCUGGAGUUCACACUUACCACAAGGAGCCAGCACGCGCCCCUGGCCUUCCAGGCAGGAGGCCAGCAUGGGGAUUUCAUCUAUGUAGACAUAUUCGAGGGCCACCUGCGAGCUGUGGUGGAGAAGGGCCAGGGCACGGUCUUGCUGCACAAUAGCGUCCCCGUAGCCGACGGGCAGCCCCAUGAGGUCAGCAUCCACAUGGAUGCCCACCGCCUGGAGAUCUCCGUGGACCAGUACCCCACACGCACCUCCAAUCGCGGGGUCCUCAGCUACCUAGAGCCACGCGGCAGCCUCCUCCUCGGGGGACUGGACACAGAGGCUGCCCGCCACCUCCAGGAACACCGCCUGGGCCUGGCUCCAGGCACUGCCAACACCUCCUUACUGGGCUGCCUAGAGGACCUGAGCGUCAACGGCCAGAGGCAGGGGCUCCGCCAUGCUGUGCUGACCCGUGAUCUGGCGGCCGGCUGCAGGCUAGAGGAAGACGAGUACGAGGAUGAUGCCUAUGGCUCCUACGAGGCGCUGUCCACCCAGGCACCAGAGGCAUGGCCGGCAGUGGAGCUGCCUGAGCCGUGUGUCCCCGAACCUGGGCUGCCCCCUGUCUUCACCAACCUUACCCAGCUGCUGACCAUCAGCCCACUGGUGGUGGCGGAGGGUGGCACGGCCUGGCUGGAGUGGCGGCAUGUGCAGCCCACACUAGACCUGCAGGAGGCUGAGCUGCGCAAGUCCCAGGUGCUGUUCAGCGUGAGCAGGGGUGCACGGCACGGCGAGCUGCAGCUGGACAUCCCCGGUGCCCAGGCGCGGCAGAUGUUCACCCUGCUGGAUGUGGUCAACCACAAGGUCCGCUUUGUCCAUGACGGCGCCGAGGACCCCUCCGACCAGCUGGUGCUAGAGGUGAUGGUGACAGCGCGGGUGCCCAUGCCCUCCUGCCUGCGGCGGGGCCAGACUUACCUGCUGCCCGUGCAGGUCAACCCCGCUAACGACCCGCCCCGAGUCAUCUUCCCGCACGGCAGCCUCAUGGUGAUUCUGGAGCACACUCAAAAGCCGCUGGGGCCUGAGGUUUUCCAGGCCUAUGACCCAGACUCUGCCUGCGAAAGCCUCACCUUCCAGCUCCUGGGAGACUUAGCCGGGCUCCCUGUGGAACACUGGGACCGCCCAGGAGAGCCGGCACCUGAGUUUUCCUGCCGUGAGCUGGAGGUGGGUGACAUUGUCUAUGUCCACCGGGGUGGCCCCGCGCAGGCCCUGACAUUCCGGGUGAGCGAUGGGCUGCAGGCCAGCGCCCCGGCCACACUGAAGGUAGUGGCCAUGCGGCCAGCCAUCCAGAUCCGCCACAGCACAGGGCUGCGCUUGGCACAGGGCUCUGCCGCACCCAUCUUGCCUGCCAACCUGACGGUGGAGACCAACGCUGUGGGACAGGAUGUCAGCAUAUUGUUCCGAGUCGCAGGCUCCCUACAGUUUGGGGAGCUGCAGAAGCAGGGGGCAGGCGGUGCAGAGGGUGCCGAAUGGUGGGCUGCACAGGCCUUUCACCAGCGGGACGUGGAGCAGGGCCGUGUGCGGUACCUGAGCACUGAUCCACAGCACCGUGCCCAGGACACCGUGGAGAACCUGGUGCUGGAGGUGCAGGUGGGCCAGGAGACCCUGCGCAAUCUCUCCUUCCCCGUGACCAUCCAGAGGGCCACCGUGUGGAUGCUGCGGCUGGAGCCACUGCACACGCAGACCACGCAACCAGAGACCCUCACCACGGCCCAUCUGGAGGCUGCUGUGGAAGAGGCAACCGGUCUGAGCCCCAGCAGCUUCCGCUACGAGGUGGUCCAGGCCCCCAGGAAAGGGAACCUGCAGCUGCAGGGCACGAGGGUGUCAGCUGGCCAGGGCUUCAGCCAAGACGACCUGCAGGCUGGGCGCGUGACUUAUGCAGCCACCGCACGCACCUCCGAGGCCGUCAGGGACACUUUCCGCUUCCGUGUCAUGGCACCACCACACUUCUCGCCCCUCUACACCUUCCCUAUCCAUAUUGGCGGUGACCCAAAUGCUCCUGUCCUCACCAACGUCCUCCUCCUGGUGCCCGAGGGUGGGGAGGCUGUCCUCUCCUCUGACCACCUCUUCGUCAAGAGCCUCAACAGCACAAGCUACCUCUAUGAGGUCAUGGAGCGGCCCCGCCAUGGGCGACUGGCAUGGCGGGGGCCGCAGGACAAGACCACCACGGUGACAUCCUUCACCAACGAAGACCUGCUGCUCGGCCAGCUGCUCUACCAGCACGACGACUCCGAGACCACCGAAGACGACAUCCCAUUUGUGGCCACCCGCCAGGGUGAGGGCAGUGGCGACAUGGCCUGGGAGGAGGUCCGAGGUGUCUUCCGCGUGGCUAUCCAGCCAGUGAAUGACCACGCCCCCGUGCAGACCGUCAGCCGUGUGUUCCAUGUGGCCCGGGGAGGGCAGCGGCUGCUAACGACAGAGGAUGUGGCCUUCAGCGACGCAGACUCGGGCUUCUCUGACGCCCAGCUGGUGCUGACCCGCAAGGACCUCCUGUUCGGCAGUAUCGUGGCCGCUGACGAGCCCACACGGCCCAUCUACCGCUUCACCCAGGAGGACCUAAGGAAGCAGAGGGUCCUGUUUGUGCACUCGGGGGCCGACCACGGCUGGCUGCAGCUGCAGGUGUCUGAUGGGCAGCACCAGGCCACCGCCAUGCUUGAGGUGCAGGCCUCAGAGCCCUUCCUCCAUGUGGCCAACGGCUCCAGCCUCGUGGUCCCUCAGGGAGGCCAGGGCACCAUCGACACUGCUGUGCUCCCUCUGGACACCAACCUGGACAUCCGCAGUGGGGACGAGGUCCACUACCACAUCACAGGUGGCCCUCACUGGGGGCAGCUGCUCCGCGCUGGUCAGCCAGCCACCACCUUCUCCCAGCAGGACCUGCUGGACGGCACCAUCCUCUACAGCCACAAUGGCAGCCUCAGCCCCCGAGAUGCACUGGGCCUGUCUGUGGAAGCAGGACCGAUGCGCACAGAAGCUACCCUUCAGGUGACCAUCGCCCUCGACAGCCCACCAGCUCUGCUGCAGCUGGUCCGGCAUGAGAAGAUCUACGUCUUCCAGGGGGAGGCGGCUGAGAUCAAACAGGACCAGCUGGAGGCAGACCAGGAGGGGGUGCCCCCCGUAGACAUCAUGUUCUCAGUGAGGAGUCCCCCGAGUGCAGGCUAUCUGGUGAUGGUGUCCCAUGCGGCGGCCGGGCGGCCCGGCCUGACCCCAGUACACAGCUUCUCCCAGGAGGCGGUGACGGCAGGCAGGGUCCUCUACCUGCACUCCCGCCCUGGGGCUUGGAGUGACACCUUCGCCCUGGAUGUGGCCUCAGGCCUGGGUGCCCCCCUGGAGGGGAUCCGCAUGGAGGUGGAGGUGCUACCUGCUGCUAUCCCCCUGGAGGGGAGGAACUUCAGUGUCCCCGAGGGUGGCACCCGCACCCUGGCCCCGCCGCUGCUCCAAGUCACAGGGCCCUACUUCCCCACCCUGCCCAGCCUUGACAUGCGGGUCCUGGAGUCACCCCGGCACGGGGCCCUGCAGAGGGAGGAGCAGCCCGGACACAGAACCCUCGACACCUUCUCCUGGAGAGAGGUGGAAGGGCAGCAGAUCCGAUAUGUGCAUGAUGGGAGUGAGACACUGACCGACAGCUUCGUCCUGGUGGCCAAUGCCUCGGAGAUGGGCCGCCAGAGCCAGCCAGUCACCUUCACCAUCACCAUCCUUCCCGUUAAUGACCAGCCCCCUGUCCUCACCACAAACACGGGCCUGCAGCUAUGGGAGGGGACCACCGUGCCCAUCCCUGCCGAGGCUUUGCGGGGCACAGAUGGUGACUCAAAGCCCGAGGACCUGGUCUACACCAUUGAGCGGCCCAGCAACGGACAGGUGGUGCUACGGGAGGCACCAGGCACCGAGGUCCAGCGCUUCACCCAGGCCCAGCUGGACGGUGGACUGGUGCUGUUCUCGCACAGAGGAGCCCUGGACGGAGGUUUCCGCUUCCAUUUCUCCGACGGUGAACACAUGACUUCUGACCACUUCUUCCGUGUAAUGGCCCAGAAGCAGGUGCGGCUGUCACUGGAGGGUACCCGCACACUGACCGUCUGUCCAGAGUCCGUCCAGCCACUCAGCAGCCACACCCUGAAUGCCACCUCCAGCUCAGGCACCAACCCCCGCCACCUGCUGUACCAUGUGCUACGUGGUCCCCAGCUUGGCCGGCUGCUCCAUACCCAGCGGGGCAGUGCCACUGAGGCCCUAGUCAACUUUACUCAGGCCGAGGUGUCUGCUGGGAAUGUGCUGUAUGAGCACGAGCUGUCCCCUGAGCCCUUCUGGGAAGCCCACGAUGCCAUAGAGCUCCUGCUAUCCUCGCCCCCGGCCCCGGACGUGGCCAUCACGCUGGCUGUGGUUGUGUCAUUUGAGGCUGCCUGUUCCCAGCGCUCCAGCCGCCUCUGGAGAAACAAAGGUCUAUGGGUCCCUGAGGGCCAGCGGGCCAAGAUCACUGUGGCCGCCCUGGAUGCCUCCAACCUCCUGGCCAGCGUUCCCACUCCUCAGCGCCCCGAGCACGAUGUGCUGUUCCAGGUGACACAGUUCCCCACCCGGGGCCAGCUGCUGCUGUCUGAAGAGCCCCUCCACAUGGGGAGCCCAUACUUCUUGCAGAGUCAGCUGGCCACAGGGCAGCUGGUGUAUGCCCACAGUGGUGGAGGCACCCAGCAAGAUGGCUUCCGCUUCCGCGCCCACCUCCAGGGCCCAGCGGGGGUCUUCAUGGUGGGCCCCCAAACUGUAGAGACCUUUGCCAUCACCGUGCGGGAUGUGAAUGAGCGCCCGCCCCAGCCACAGGCCUCGGUGGCACUCCGGCUCACCCGGGGCUCCCGUGCCCCUGUCUCCCGAGCCCAGCUGAGUGUGGUGGACCCAGACUCUGACCCUGGGGAGAUCCAGUAUGAGGUGCAGCGGGCUCCCCAUAAUGGCUUCUUGAGCCUGGCAGGGCACAGCCCAGGGCCUGUGACCCGAUUCACACAGGCCGAUGUGGAUGCGGGGCGGCUGGCCUUCGUGGCCAAUGGUAGCAGCGUGCCGGGUGUCUUCCAGCUGAGUGUGUCCGACGGGGCCAGCCCACCCUUGCCUAUGUCUCUGGCGGUGGACAUAUUGCCCUCUGCCAUUGAGGUGCAACUGCAAAGCCCCCUGGAGGUGCCUCAGGCUGCAGGGCAUGCCUCGCUGAGCCGGCAGCAGCUCUGGGUGGUCUCAGACCGGGAGGAACCAGACACGACCUACCGCCUCACCCAGGAGCCCCAGUACGGGCAACUGCUGGUGGGUGGUCAGCCCAUCUCGGCCUUCAGCCAGCUCCAGGUGGACCAGGGGGAAGUGAUCUUCACUUUCACCAACUUCUCCUCCUCUCAUGACCACUUCCGAGUCCUGGCACAGGCCAGGGGUGCCAACACAUCUGCCACGGUGAACAUCACCGUGAGAGCCCUACUGCAUGUAGGGGCAGAUGGCCCAUGGCCCCAGGGCACCACCCUGCGCCUGGACUCCACUGUGCUGGACGCCAGUGAGCUGGCCAACCGCACAGGCAGCGUGCCCCGCUUCCGGCUCGUGGCAGGACCCUGGCACGGCCGUGUGGUACGUGUGCCCCGGACACAGACAGAGCCCAAGAGCAAGCAGCCCGUGGACCGGUUCACACAGCAGGACCUGGAGGAUGGAAGGCUGGGGCUGGAGGUGAGCGGGCCAGAGGGCCCCACACCCAGGCCUGCAGAGGACAGCCUCACUCUGGAGCUGUGGGCAAGGGGUGUCCCGCCUGCUAUAGCCUCACUGGACUUUGCCACCGAGCCUUAUGAUGCAGCCCGGCCCUACAGUGUGGUACUGCUCAGUGUCCCUGAGGCUCCUCGAACGGAAGCAGAGAAGCCAGUCAGCAGCACCCCCACGGGUGAGCCAGGCCCAGCGGUGUCCAGCCCAGUGCCUGCUGUGGCCAGGGGUGGCUUCCUGGGCUUCCUGGAGGCAAACAUGUUCAGUGUCAUCGUCCCCGUGUGCCUGGUCCUGCUGCUCCUGGCGCUCAUCCUGCCACUGCUCUUCUACCUCCGCAAGCGCAACAAGACUGGCAAGCAUGAUGUCCAAGUCUUGGCCGCCAAGCCCCGAAAUGGCCUGGUUGGUGACACAGAGACCUUCCGCAAGGUAGAGCCGGGCCAGGCCAUCCCGCUCACCACCGUGCCCGGCCAGGGGUCCCUACCCAGAGGCCAGCCGGACCCUGAGCUGCUGCAGUUCUGCCGGACACCCAACCCUGCCCUCAGGAAUGGCCAGUACUGGGUGUGAGCCUGGUGGGUAGUGCUGGUUGGUAGGCCCUGCUCCUGUGCCCUGGCGCUGUGAGUUUUCCUGGAGCGAGACCUGGAAGGCCAGGUGGUGGGUGCCAGGAACAGCCCCAAGGUACCAGAUGGAUUGGAGUCAAGAGCCGGGAAUCUCCCAGCUCACAGAACCUCGAGAACCACCGGGCCGAGGUGAGAGGUGGCUGAGACAGGCCCCUUGUCCUGGAGUUGAUUUGACUUUCAAAGCCAGGGUGACCUCCUAGAUGGGUCAGGACUCUGGUUGGUCCUGGGUCUGUGAUACUGGGUAAGUCAUUUCUGACCCAGGUUGCCAGGAGGGAAAGGAGGAGAGACCCCUGGAGAGGGGAGGACAGAGGGGAUGAUCCAGGCUUUACCACCCCACCCCUAGCCUCCUCCGUCUGCCCAGGGCUUGGGAGCCUCUUCCACCUCUGGGACUUUAGGGAGAUGGUGUUCCAGGGGCAGGGGGCAGGAGGGGAACCCCUCCUCUCCAGAAGGUAUCCACCAAUAGAAUAAUAUAUUCGGGAUACAGGGUGGGUGGGUGCUCAGAAAUGGUUAUUUAAGGGGAUUGCCAGGGAGCUAUUUAACAUGGUGCUGGGAAGACAAGGCCGUAGUGCCCCCAGGGUUGGGAUGGAGGAGAAUCGAGAACCAGUCUGUCCCCAGGGCCACUGUGAUGGGCUAAGGACUGAGCAAGCCUAGAGCACACUGGGCCAGCAUGUGGGGAUCUUGGGCUACUGCAGUGUCAGUGCACCCCUGAGGACUCGGGGUGGGUGGGGGAGCUUGCUCCUUGGAGCCUGGAUAAACGGUGCUCAGGCCCUGGCAGCCUCAUUCCCUGGGGCAGGUACCCAACCCAGAUGGUGGGAUGGGGAGGACAGGGAAGCCCUGUGUAUCCACCUGUGGGGCCAUCCAGGGCUCCUCUGUCAGACCUGUAGGCAGGUGGGCCAGGCCUUGAGAUAGGAGCCAAGGCCCUGACUGAUGUAGAGAUGGAGUAGGUCCUUCCUCUACAAAGAAAGAAGAAAAAUAAAUGCUUCCAGCCCUGGGUUUCUCA